AACAACUCUGCAAAAGUACAGACGCUUAACCUUUACACAACACGGAAUAAAUUUUAACACUAAAAUACUAAUUGCUGUUACUAUAUCGGAAUAAACAAAAAAUGCGCGCUGAAUUUGGACCCAACACUUGUCGGGUGUGCUUGGAGCCCAGCAAGCGCUUACAUAGCAUCUUCGAAACUCGCGAGGAAGGCGAGGAGACGCCAAAUGAAAUGCUCGUUCAGCUGCUUGGCAUUUCGUUCAGUAAGCUGACUGGUAAGGAACAGAUUCCUGAUGGCAUCUGUAAGCCGUGCAAGGUUGAGCUCAAUAUGGCGUUUCAGUUUCGCGAGAAAGCGCUGCGCAAGCAAGCGGAAAUUGAAGACUUUUGCCGUGAGCUGGGUAUAUUGGAUGAAGCGGAAGAUUAUCUGGUCAAGGAAGAGAUAGGGGAAGGGGACCAGCAGUCGCAUGUUGAGGAUGAGGAAAUGCAAGAAUAUGUGCUAAAUGAAGCCCAGUCAGCCGAUGAAACUGGACUUGAAGCAGAUGAGGCUGAGCAACAGGAUGAGUUUUUAGAAGUUGACGGCGCGCAUGAGCAGCAGGACGUGGUGACUGAUGACAUUGAGUACUUGGAGGACAAUUAUACAAUUGAAAUGAAUCCAGAGCACGGCGAGGUAGUGCUAGAAGGCGAAUAUGAGGACGACGAAACAGCAGAUGACAUUAAAGUGUCUCGUGGACGUGCACGUGUGAGCAGAACUAUUGUGAAAGACAAUUCACAGUCUUUCAGCUUGCAAGACAUUGCUGAUGCCAAGCCUAGGCGUAAUGGACGAGCACGCCCAGGACUUAACACACUGCGCACAUCCGAAGGCACUGAAAAGGGCGGCUACGUCUGUGAUGUGUGUGGAAAUUUCUAUGAGAAGCGUGGGCGUAUGAUGGAGCAUCGUAGACGUCAUGAUGCCAUAUGCCAGUAUCAGUGCGAACUAUGUGAUGCCAAGUUCCAGGUGCGCGAGCAACUAAGAAAACACAUGUAUUCACAUACUGGAAGCAAACCAUUCAAGUGCAGUUUUUGUAGUCGUCAAUUCUUCUAUGAAAGUGUACUUAAGUCGCACGAAAACGUACAUCGUGGUAUUAAGCCAUAUGUGUGCAAGGUUUGCGAUAAAGCAUUUGCCUACGCACAUUCGCUUACAAAACACGAGUUGAUUCAUACGGACACUAAGCUGUAUCGCUGCGAAUAUUGUCAGAAGGACUUCCGCUUGUUACAUCACAUGCGCCAACAUGAAGAAACCAAGUGCCAUCAAAACGCUGUAAUGCUGGCUGAAUCAAUGAAGUACGACCGAGAUGAUCAGGACGUUGAGUUUACCGUUGAGGACAUGAAGGAUGUAAAACUAGGCCUAAGUCGACAGCAUAUGCUUACUUAGAUUGUCGCUUAAGCAAAGUUUUACAAAGUAUCACAUUACAGAUUUGUGUAAUAAAACAUUUCGGUAUUUUUAGAUAGU